AUGAUCAACAAAGGACCGUUGCUAGUACUUGCUUCUCAAUUUUUUGCUGUAACGAUUCACGGGCUGGCCAAAUACCUAGAGACAACCGCCUCAGUAGACCCCCAACAGAUUCUCCAAGUCCGUAUGUUCAUCACCUUGAGUAUCAACAGUCUUUUCCUCACGACACGUUACCCGAAUGAGCUGCCUCUUGGUAAGAAAAGUGUUAGGCAUCUGCUCAUACUGAGAAGCUUAGGAGGGAUUUGUGGUUCAGCUGGAUUUUACUGUGAGUAUCCUGUCCAUUCUCUGAAGUAUCUUCCUCUAGCAGACGCAACAACUCUGAAUCUUCUAGCGCCGUUGGGAGCUAGUCUCGUCACAACAAAAAAAUUCACCUUGAUAGAGAUUGGUUCCAUAGCAAUCUGUUUUCUUGGUGUAGGACUUAUCACCAAACCAAGUUUUGUCAUCGAUCUGCUUUACUACAAUGAUGCAGAUAAUCAUCAGAAGAUUUGGACAUCUCAAUCGCGGCUGGGAUUGGCCUGUUCAAUGAUCGGGGUGCUAGGGGGAGUCUGCGCUUACUCUUCAAUCUCCAAGAUCGGACUACGAUCACAUCCACUUGUGACAACCAACUGUUUUGCCACUAGUAUCCUGAUUGUAAGCAGUGCUUGCUUUGCUGCCGUUCCGGGAGUCAACUUCAACUUUGAUCUAGGCUUGUUACAGUGGUUUAUUAUGGGGUCUAUUGGGCUUUCUGGAGCUUUAAUGGAGUAUCUUCUGACAGCAGGGCUUUCUGAUGAAGGAAACAGUUAUGCUGUGCAUAUGAUUUACUUCCAGGUGGUACUUGCCCUCGUUGCAGAUUGGCUGAUCUGGCAUACUAUACCUGAUAUCACUUCUGGCAUAGGGGCGGGGCUGAUCAUUCAGGCUAUGUAUGUGAUACAAAAAUAUCGAUAUAAAGAGGAUGAUAUAGUUGACAUUGAAAUGGCACCUUAUACGCGAAAUUGUAGAUCAAUGACCUAA